AUGGCUGACCUGGCGCUUUUAGAAGACGCAUAUGCGCCCUUGAGAAGGGAACGAGUUUUCAGGGAUAGGCGCGAUCUUCUGAAUGAAUCAGAUGAAUGGCUGAUGAACAGAUUCCGUCUUCCAAGGCAUCUUCUCCUGGAGCUCUGCAAUAACCUGGAGCCCUACCUCCAACGUGAAACCCGGCGGUCAAGGGCCUUACCUGUUCCAGUCCAGGUUCUCUCCACACUUGGGUUCUUGGCCACUGGAACAUUUCAACGGGAGAUUGCAGACAGGUCUGGCAUAUCCCAACCCACCAUGAGCCGCACGCUGUCAUCUGUGCUGGCUGCCAUCAGGACUCUCAUCCCACAUUACAUACAAUUCCCUAAUGACAAUGCCCAGCAAACAAUGAUUAAAAGGGGGUUUUAUGAGAUUGCUGGGAUUCCAAAUGUCAUAGGUGCAAUUGACUGUACCCACGUGCGUCUGAAACCACCAUCGGUUAAUGAUUACGCAUACAUCAACCGCAAAAAUUAUCAUUCAGUCAAUGUGCAAAUAAUUUGUGAUGCCAGACUCUGCAUAUUAAAUGUUGUGGCACGAUGGCCUGGAGGCACCCACGAUGCCUACAUUUUUGAGCACAGCAGCGUGCGCAGACGACUGCAGGAGGACGCAUUAAGGGGUAUUGGUUAUCUUUUAGGUGACAGGGGUUAUCCCCUUUUGAACUUUUUGAUCACCCCUGUGCCAAACCCCGAGACGCAUCAGGAGCGCAACUUCAAUCACGCGCAUGCACGAACACGAGCCACUGUGGAGCGCUGCGUGGGGCUUUUAAAAGGUAGAUGGCUCUGCCUGGCACACGCGGGGGGCACGUUGCUCUAUUCACCACAAAAGGUGUGUAACAUAAUUUUGGCAUGUACCGUCUUGCACAACAUGGCCGAGAUGAAUCGUGUGCCAUUUGACGUGCUGGCCCCGGACCCAGAAGUGCCAGUGGAGCAGUGGGCAGCACCACCGGCUAUAGGAGCUGUUCAGCUCAGACAAGACCUUGUUCGGCGGUUUUAAGGGACCUCAUCCGUCAGGACCCUUGGCCGUGGCGCACGGGAGGCUGGAGGACGAGCCUCGGCUUCCCUCGCUUGGACCUGCUGCUCAGGCUCUGGGUGCGGCGCAAGGAUCGGAUCAGGCUCCUGGAUGGGCUGAGUGGGAGAUGCUUCGAACGCGCUGGGACCUGCAGUGUCCUCAUCUGCAAAACAAUACAGCAAAAUUUAAAUAAAACGAGUUAACUAUGUACUUGUGUGUUUUUUAUAUUGGUCUAUAAAAUUUAAUUUUUACCAUGAAUGUCGUCGGUAUCUCCCCCACCACUGAUGCCUUCUAAAGACGCCGUUCCGAUGAGUGCUGCCACAUGCUCCUCGUGCG